UUUUAAAGGGGCGCAAUGCUCGAAACUGAAGCGGAAGAUACGUGCAGCCUUUAGUAGGUACCAAGUAUUUUAUUUAGUCCCUUCAACAUUACACUUCAUUAUCGUCCUUUAACAUGUCUGGACUAGAUGUCACCGUAUUUCCACACGACUUUGCGUGGGGAGCUGCGACUGCUGCUUAUCAAAUAGAAGGUGGCUGGGAUGUGGAUGGUAGAGGCCCGAGCGUGUGGGACACAUUCUGCCAUGCCAAAGGAGGGGUGUUUGAAGACCAUACUGGAGAUGUAGCCUGUAACAGCUAUCAGCUCUGGGACGAGGACCUGAAAUGUGUCCAGCAGCUGGGACUCACCCAUUACCGUCUGUCCUUAUCCUGGUCACGGCUCCUUCCCGGCGGAACCACAGAUCAUGUCAAUCCAAAAGGAGUGGCCUAUUAUAACAAAGUGAUCGACGACUUGAUUGCUUGUGGUGUGACGCCCAUGAUCACAUUGUACCACAUGGAUUUACCACAGGCCUUGCAGGAUCUCGGCGGAUGGAGCUCGACAGAGAUUGCAGACAUCUUUGAAAGUUAUGCCAGGUUUUGCUUUAAGUCCUUUGGGGACAGAGUGAAGCUCUGGAUCACACUGAACGAGCCCUAUGUUUGUGCCAAGCUGGGCCAUGAGGACGGGACCUUUGCCCCUGGGAUCAAAGAUCCAGGAAUAUCAGUUUACUUGGCGGGUCAUAACAUGCUGCGCGCCCACGCCAAAGCCUGGCAUACUUAUAAUACUCAUUUCAGGCCUUUACAAGCAGGACAAGUAUCUCUUGCCCUGAACAGUGACUGGGCAGAGCCGUCGGACCCGGGCUCUCCUAAAGAUGCUGCAGCCACUGAGCGCUACAAGGACUUCACUCUGGGCUGGUUUGCCUGUCCUGUGUUUUGCACAGGAGAUUACCCAGAGUCCAUGAGGGCCAGGAUUGAGUCUAGGAGCUUGGGUCUGGGAUGCAAGCAGGGCUCAAGGCUACCACGUUUCUCAAAAGAUGAGCCCUCUCCUCUGGGCACGGCAGAUUUCUUUGCACUGAAUUAUUACACGUCUCGGAAAGUAAAAGAUUUAAAUGGUGGUAGUAAGAAGAGCGAGCUCAGUUUUGUGGGAGAUCAGGGGGCAGAGGGUUUUGUUGACCCAUUGUGGCCCAUAUGUGGGGUGCACUGGUUGGCUGUUGUUCCUGAUGGAUUGCGGAAAUUGCUCAAAUAUAUAAAGGACACGUACACCAGUCUGCCCAUUUAUAUCACAGAAAAUGGCUUUUCCCAGAUGGGGCCGGUUCAGAUUGAAGAUACCGACCGUUCCCAGUUCUAUCAGGACACUCUGCAGGAAGUUGGCAAAGCUAUCAGUCAAGAUCGAGUGAAUGUAAAGGGAUAUUUUGCCUGGUCUCUGCUGGAUAACUUUGAGUGGAAUCAUGGCUACAGUGUGCGCUUCGGCCUGUUUCAUGUGGAUUUCUCUGCACCUGACCUGAAGCGCACUAUUUACGGCUCAGGUAGAGAGUAUGCUGCUGUGAUAUCCAAACACCGCUCUCAAACCAAACCCAAGAGCAGUUAAUUCCUAACAUAUUAAAUCAACAUAAUAUUACACUUGAAGAAAUUACGUCUAAAGUGUAAAUUCCAUAAUUCUAUUUUUGGGAGAUUAAAUAAUGAUGAGCCUAACAGUAUCAAAAGUGCUUCCUCUACAGUGUUGUUUGCUGUAGAAUUGAGUGAGUCACACAGUACUAUAAAAAUGUUGUUAAAUUGAAACUAUUCUUGUAUGGAACUGUGCACAGAAAGAAUGCAUAAUCAGGAAAAAAUUAAUAAAUACGAUCACUUGAAAAAGAUUGAUUGACCAAGAAUUCCAUGUAGAGAAGUCAUCAUAGAUGAAUAUAUAACAUACAACGAAAAUAAGGUUUCAGUUCUAAUGUUUUGUUGAUAUGCACUGCCUCUGUGUGGCCCAAAGUGGUAUUAUACUUGGCACAUCAUUUUGUGCUGGUAUAUUGGCACUUGCAUUGCUUUAUGUGCAUUAAACAAACAUGUAUGAGAUAUUAAUGUAACAAUUUACAUGUAGUAAUUUACAUGAGGCCAUGCAAACUGAAGUUGCGUUAACUGGAUUGCACGUGUAAUUACUUUUGGGAAUGUGGUUAUGCUGAACCUAAUGGCAGCCCUGAACUCCCAAGGGAGUAAAUGACUGCAGAAAUUAUGGUUCUGUUCUAAUUAUUGACUGUGGAACAGACAUAAUUGCGUCAUCUAAAUGCAUAAUAUGUGAUCACAAAUCUUUAAAACGAGAUCUUAGAGACAAUUCUUUGUGGGGGAGAUUAAAUAUUGAAAUAUUAACAUUUGAGUUAUCAUCUUGUAGAGUGUUUGAGCGGUAUUUUUCAAACUGUGUUCAGUCUAUUUGAAUCAGAGCACAACAUUGUGAGCUAUUUAUAAUCCACAUGUUCCAGUCAGGGUGGCAAAUAUAUUAUUUCAAACUAAAUGUUUCUUGACUCUGAAUUAGUGCAUUUAAUUGUAACAUUCAUUA